UCACCCUAGUGUAGCCUGCACCUCAGAGAUUGAAUGGAGAAUGUCAAGCAAGGGGGGGCACCCAUGAGUCUGCUCAAUAGUCAUUUUUUGCAGAGAAGAUUCUCUAAUGAGCUGGGCAAUACUCAUCUUUCUUUUCUCUUCGGAACAUUACUUUCCUUGUUAUUAAGACUGGAUAGAGGCCUUGCACAAGGGCCUUAAAAAAAAAAAAAAAAAAAAAAAAAAAAAGCUCCAACGUCACUUGUACAAUAGCGGGGCAAUACUUAAAAAUAAAUAAAUAAUAAUAAUAAAUUAAAAAAAAAAAUAGCGGGGCAAUACUCUGACGUUUGCCUGUUGAUGUCGUCUCUACAGACAACUACAACUCAAGCCUCUGCCUUUGAAGAAGACAGUGCCACAGCGCUGGCAUGUCAUGAUAUGCCAGUGAUUCCUAGAAAUGAUUUUGAGGCUUCCUGGGACAUAAUGGAGGUAACACGAGGAAGCGUGCAGUGCCAGUGUAAGUUGUGUUGUCGCAGGCAAGGAGUAUGCACGAUGUUCCUCUUGCUGGCCUGUGUCUUCGUAUAUGUUCAUCAUUACGUAAUCUAUCCUCAUGUCAGAGACCCUGUUCUUGCCAUUCGUGGCAAUAAUGUGAAACAACCGUCAUCACUUUGUUGCGAAGAAGUUAAUGCUGGAGGUUGGAUCCCCGUGCGGGGAUGGGCACAUCGCCGUCUUCUUAGGUCUCAUGCCACGGCUUCGUCUAGCUCCAGAACAGGCAUUUUGACGAGGGGUGGCCCUUCUCAUUCCUCGUCCAUCGCUCGUGCCAGAGCAGAAACAUCUGUGGUCGGAAGUCGAGCGAAGGCCAGGUCGUCAUCAAACAGCUGGCAGGUAUCUUCAGAGGCUAGAUCAAGCAGCCAUGGCGAGGGGCAUGGCAAUGAAACUGGAGGAGGAGGUGGGUGUGGGGGUGGGGCUGCAUACGGGUCAAAUGGAGCAUGGGGCGAGGGGACAGGAUCAGGCAGUGGGAGUGGGCCAGAUGGAGGAGGGGGUGGAGCUGGGGGUGGUAGAGGGAAUGGUGGAUCGGAUGGAUUUGGUGGGGGUGGAGGAGGUGGUGGGGGUGGAAGUCGUGGUGGCAGCGGUAGCGGAGGGAUCGUCAAUGGCUACAGCUAUGGCCGAGCAUCAGUGUCUGCCACCCAGCAUACCAACGCAACUGCAGUCUCGGAGGUGGCACGUCAGGUGGAUGACCAAACAGUGCAAUAUGGGGGUUAUUAUAAUGGACUUGCAGGUGCAGGAGGUGGCGAAGGGCCAUCGGGGGGUGGAGGGGGCGGUGGAGGUGGUCUGGGGCUGGGCAAUGGUUCGAGUGGGACCGGGUGGGGUAUGGGCACGGGUUACACCCCAUCUGGUUCUGGAAGCGGUGGGGGUGCUGGUCACGGUUCAAACGGGGGUGGUGGGGCGGGUGGUGGUGGAGGAAGUGGACAAUUGGGCACUGGUGAGGGGUCUGCAAAGGGGACUAUGCAAAGGGGAACGCAGAAAGGGACUGGAGAAGCAAGCGGGGAAGGUGGGGGUAAGCGCGGUAGUGGCGGCGGAGGAGGAGGAGCAUUUGCGGUUGCAGAGGGGCCUGCUGCCGUUGGCUAUGGUGCAGCUGAUGCAAUAGGCGGUAGUUCUCUGAACAACACCCAGGGUACAGGUUCUGCUUUUGCUAAAGCCUCUGGGGGGGCGGGAUUGGCCAUGGCUGGAGCGGGAGGAGGCGGUGCAGGAGGCGGCGGAUAUGGUAGGGGGGGUAGCGAUGCAAGUGUUCAGAGUGGAAGUGGUUUCAGUGAUGGAACAGGGCAUGGGAGUGGUGAACGCUCCAGAGGUGGCGGGACAGGGGUUGCAGGUGGCAGGAAAGAUCCACAAGGAUCUUAAUAUGUCUUUGUAAGAAAGAAGAAAAGAAGGGGGGAAGGAAGGGCGGAAGGGGGGGGGACAGGAUCUCGAGCAUCAGCUGCAUAUUCAGGAAACGAUAGCUCAGGCACACGGGGUGCUGCAGGGGGUGGGGGGAGGUGGGUCUUCAGGCCCAGGGGCCAGGGGGUGAUUCCGGGGGCCAGAGGAAUGGCGGCACAAGGCUGAGCAGUAGAAGUACUGUGGGCCAUUGACAGUACUGUAACUCCGCACAGAACUGACAGUAUGAGAAUUUGGCAGUACAGCUAGCCUCGCCUAGUUUCAUAUGCCGAGCAUUGUUGUAUCCAAGAUUUUCUGACAGCUGAAUUUUGAAGGACGAACAUGGGGCAUCAGUUUCUGCAUGGCGUUCUUUCAUGCCCCCUUUUUCUCCCUGAAAGCACUGUCAAGUGCAUACAAAAC